ACGGGAGAAGGUCAGGAGUCAGGGCUCCUCUCGCCCCGAAGCCGGCGUGUUGCCCCCUCUCGGCUGCUCCGCUCUUACUCUCCGGACGCGCUGGAUCUGGACACUUGUUGCGCUCCUACAGACCAAGACGGACUGAAUACGCAGAGGGGAACGCUCUGGGAUGCGCAUGGCUGGAUGACAUGAUGUUCCCGCCCUCCUCCCUGCCCCCCUUCUUGCCCCCCGCCUUGCCCCCCUGCACCUCUUUGCUCCCUGUUCUCUUACACCUCCUCUUCCUCUACCCUUCCUCACUCGUCUCCUCUUCUUUUCCUCACUUCCCGUUGAGCUGGACCUCUCCCCAUAACCCCUGCUACCACACCGAUGGCCGCCCUCGCCACUGCCUGUCCGAGUUCAUCAACGCGGCCUAUGGAGUUUCAGUGGACGCCAUGCGCUCGGGACACGACUACGACAAUAACAUCACCUCUCUGACAGAUCUACAUAACCCUCAUAACCUGACCUGCUGGGUGGCACCCGAUGGCCCAGACUCCAGGGAGUGGGCGCUGACGCUUCCACUAGGGCGGCGCUUUGAGAUCACAUACAUCAGUUUACAGUUCUGCCAACAAGGAGAGCCGUCUGAUCCCAUCUCUAUCUCCAUCCUCAAAUCUAUGGACUUUGGGCGCACAUGGAGGCCUAUGCAGCACUACUCCAGUGACUGUCUAAGGGAGUUCAGCCUGCCCUCUCAGACUGCAGCUCUGACUAGACACCAGGAGACAGAACCCCUGUGCUCGGACCCCCGGCCCCUCCAGAAGCAAAGGGGAGGCAUGGUGCUGGCCUUCUCCACUUUGGAUGGGCGACCCUCCUCUCCAGACUUUGACUACAGCCCCACUCUUCAAGACUGGGUCACAGCUACAGACAUAAGGAUAGUCUUUCACAAAGUAACUAGAGAGGAGAAAGUGGGCAGUUUUGAAAUCAGCAAAAGCCCACCCCCUCCGCGGUGGCACGAUGCAGACGAAAACAGGAGGACUGGAGUUUUGAGGUGGAGACCUGGGUUUAAUCAGAUGAAUAUCGAAAACACCCUGGUGUUUUUUGACUCAGAUACAAAGAGCUCAGAGAUUCAGCCCAGAAACAAAGAAAAACAUGGAAGGAAAGGCCAGGACAAAGAGGGGCACAAUGUAACCAGUAAAGAAAACAGAGACACAUUUGAUCUGCAUUUGCACACAUCACCCAAGAGAGGAAAGGGUAAAGGACGAGGCCGCAAGAAGGACAGCAGUCUAUGCCCGAACAAAGACUGUGAUUGGACAGUGGAGGGGCAGGGGCGAGGCAAUAAGGGGCGUGAGCUGAGAAAGAGACGCAACAAUAACAUCACCAGACCUAGUGUCAGACACCUCCAGAUGGUUCCACUUUCUACCGAAGCUGUCCGGACCCUGGCACUGUCUGACCUGCAGGUGGGAGGCAGGUGUAAGUGCAAUGGCCACGCCUCCAAGUGUCGCCGUGAUGACAACGGGCGGGCCGUGUGCUUGUGUGAGCAUCAUACUGCCGGUCCCGACUGUGAUGUGUGUGAGGACUUCUACUACGACAGACCAUGGCACCGCGCUACACCCUCCAACCCCAACCCCUGUAUCGCUUGUGAAUGUAAUGGUCACUCAAACAAGUGCCGCUUCAGUAUGGAGGUGUUCCAACAGUCUGGUCGAAAGAGUGGAGGAGUGUGUCAAAAGUGCAGACACCACACGGCCGGGCGCCACUGCCAGUACUGCCAGAACGGAUACACCCGCGACCACAGCAAACCGCUCAACCACCGCAGAGUCUGUCAGCCGUGCCAGUGCCAUCCUCUGGGGGCGGUGGGCCGGUGGUGUAACCAGACGUCGGGACAGUGUCUUUGUCGAGAGGGCGUGGCCGGGCUCAGGUGUAACCGCUGUGCUCCUGGAUUCAAACAGGGCAAGUCCCCUCUGCGGCCCUGUGUCAGGAUCCUGGAGGUCGCUCCAACACCCAUGUACCAGUCCCAGUACAGCAUAGCUGAGGAGUGUGUGUCAUACUGCCAGCCCUCCCAGCACAAAGUCCGGAUGAAUUUGGAAACCUAUUGUCUCAAAGACUACGUGCUGAAAGUGCAUGUGAAAGGGAUGGAGCGCUCAGGGCCCUGGUGGCAGUUCUCCAUCUCUGUACAGACAGUGUUUCGUGCGGGGUCUACCUCUCGUGUGCGCAGGGGCUCCCAGUCCCUGUGGGUCCCGGACCGUGACCUGAGUUGUGGUUGUCCUGCACUCCACGUGGGCCGGACGUUCCUCUUGAUCGGGGCAGAGGAGGGGGAGAGGGGCUGGGGGCCCGAGGAGAGGCGGCUAGUGGCAGACCGCUCCACUCUGGCUCUUCAGUGGAGAGAGCACUGGAGCCCCAAACUCAGGGGUUUCAGGGGCCAGGACAAGAGGGGGCGCUGUCCUCCCAAAUUGCCCAGUGGUCGGCCCCAUAUUGGGCGCUCACAGGCGGAGUACAUCCCCCCUCACCUGCUCACAGACUCACAGAUUGAGAGAGUAGUCCCGCAGAGCUCCACAGAGACGCCCUCUCCCUCCUCCUACACCCUGGUCUGCUCCACGCAAGCGCCUUCAUAGCACAUACCCAUAAUCCUCUGCUCCCCCGACACACAGAGACACUGGAGCAGCAGAGUAAUGCUGCUCAUAUGACCUGAAUGUGAUGAAACACGCCUUCAUUUCAAAGGUGCAAUUACAGGUUUUGUAGCAAUGCAAAAGCAACCA